CAGUCCAAGAUGGCGGCGGUCUCGGUGCUGAAGGGGAGCCUGCUGGUGCUCUUCUGCCUAGGCAGCCGCUUGCUUCACGCCGCAGGCGCCACCGGCCAAGCGGGAAAGGGGCCUCCGGCGCCCCACCGGCGGUUCGAGUACAAAUACAGUUUCAAGGGGCCGCACUUGGUGCAGGCGGACGGGUCGGUGCCUUUCUGGGUGCACACGGGCAAUGCCAUACCCAGUGCAGAUCAGAUAAGGAUAACUCCGUCAUUGAAAAGCCAAAAGGGAUCAGUAUGGACAAAAAACAAAUCUAUAUUUGAACACUGGGAGAUCGACGUGACCUUCCGAGUGACGGGCAGGGGACGGAUAGGAGCCGACGGACUGGCAAUCUGGUUUACCGAAGGGCAAGGUUUAGAAGGUCCUGUUUUUGGAGCAGCUGAUAACUGGAAUGGUAUCGGCAUCUUCUUUGACUCCUUCGACAACGAUGCAAAGAAAAACAAUCCGGCAAUAGUUAUUGUUGGCAACAACGGCAAACUGCAUUAUGACCAUCAAAACGAUGGUUCCACGCAAGCGCUGGCCUCGUGUCAGAGAGACUUUCGUAACAAGCCUUACCCUGUCCGAGCAAAGAUCAUAUACUACCAAAAGAACUUGCACGUAUCGAUAAACAAUGGUUUCACUCCAGACAAAGAAGACUAUGAAUUUUGUGCCAAAGUUGAAAACAUGGUGUUACCAUCUCAGGGAUACUUUGGGAUUUCUGCAGCAACCGGUGGUCUUGCGGAUGACCACGAUGUCUUGUCUUUCCUGACUUUCCAGUUGACAGAGCCUGGCAAAGUAGUGCCUCCUGCUGACACAGAAAUUCCCGAAAAGGACAAAGAAAAAUAUCAAGAAGAGUUUGAGCAUUUCCAGCAAGAGCUCGACAAAAAGAAAGAGGAGUUCCAAAAGGACCACCCCGAUGUGGAAGGGCAGACAGCGGAUGAUUUCUUUGAGUCAGUGGGUGACCGUGAACUGAGGCAAAUAUUCGAGGGCCAGAACCGAAUUCAUCUUGAAAUAAAGCAGCUCAACAGGCAACUGGAUAUGAUUCUGGAUGAGCAGAGGAGAUACGUCUCUGCGGUGACAGAGGAAAUUUCAAAAAGAGGAGCUGGGGUCCCAGGCCAGCAAGGGCAGGCCUCACUUCAGGGAUUUGACACGGUUGUAAAAACUCAAGAGGAGGUUCUGAGGCAAGUCGGUGAAAUAAGAAACUCCAUGGGAGAGACAUUGAGGCUAGUCAGCGGUGUUCAGCAUCCUGGCUCUGCUGGUGCGAUCUAUGAAACAACCCAGCACUUCAAUGACAUCAAAGAGCAUCUCCACGUAGUGAAGAGGGACAUCGAGCAUCUAGUCCAGAGAAACCUGCCGCCAAAUGAAAAGCCGAAAUGUCCGGAGAUGCCUCCGUUUCCAUCGUGUUUAGCGACAACUCACUUCUUCAUAUUUGUAGCAGUCCAAACAGUGCUAUUUGUUGGCUACCUCAUGUACAGACAGCACCCGUUGCAUUACGCGCUGGAUUCCCUGAGGGGAAUGGCAGACAGUAAGAAGGAGAGUAUUGAAGAGCUCAUGUCCGGGGACGAAGAGCAGGUCUCUGGACUUCUGUCCCCCCGGCGGACGCAGGGGAUAUCUUCUAAACGCCACGGGGAGAGCGGGCGGUCUAAACCCAGCUCGGACGCAGCGGCGGCAAGCAAAAAGAGAGGCGCCGAGGAGGGCAUGAAAAACGGCGCGAAGAAGGCGCGUGAAGAGUAA